UGUUGGAAACAGUUCAUUUGUAUAGCUUGGAGGCAUUAAUAAGAGCAGAGAACUGUAAAGGCACCAGAAAACUCGAACUGUUACUAAGAAUCCAAGGUAUUUUUAACAGCAUUUUGUCUUUUCGGCACCCCAGCCUUCUGAUAAGGAACCUGAACCAGUUGACUGACAGGAAACCUCUGCCAGUCCUUCCAAAGAGAUUGCAAACAAGAAGAUGGCAUGGUUUUUGCAAACCUGGAAAGUCUAAAGAUUGCAAUAACUGUUGGACCAAAGGGACCCUCUUCAGGCAUAAAUAGCAAGACUCCUACUGUCUUCUCUUGCAGACCAACUCAGCUGCCAGCAAAAGCAGGUGCUCUCCCACUACCAGUGCUCCAGAGGAAGUGGAAGGGAAUGGAAAACCUGAUGUUUGUCUACUGCUCCUGUAAAGUUAUCUGGACAGUACUUGUAACUAUACUAGGUUAUGCCAGCAGCUUGCCUGUGGGGGAUGAUUCUAUUUGCACAGCAGAGGAACUUGCUAAGUACAGGAUAAUCUUCAUAGGGAAAUGGAGUCAGACUGCUUUCCCUAAGCAGUAUCCACUCUACAGGCCCCCAGCACAGUGGUCAUCCCUGCUAGGUGUUACUCAUAGUUCUGACUACAGCAUGUGGAAAAAAAAUGAAUAUGCCAGCAAUGGUGUACGUGAUUUUGCUGAAAAGGGUGAAGCAUGGGUAUUAAUGAAAGAAAUAGAAGAAGCUGGAGAGAAAAUUCAGAGUGUACAUGGAAUCUUCUCUGCUCCUGCAAUUACCAGUGGUACAGGACAAACCUCUACUGAAUUAGAAGUGCAUCCAAGACAUCCCUUAGUUUCAUUUGUUGUACGAAUAGUUCCAAGCCCUGACUGGUUUGUGGGCAUUGACAGCCUAAAUCUCUGUGAAGGAGACCGCUGGAUGGAUGAAGUAUCAGUCGAUCUAUAUCCAUAUGAUGCUGGAACUGAUAGUGGUUUCACAUUUUCCUCCCCAAACUUUGCCACUAUUCCACAGGAGACAGUUCAAGAGAUCACUUGCUCCUCUCCAAGUCACCCAGCAAACUCAUUUUAUUAUCCAAAACUCAAAAUUCUGCCACCUAUUGCUCAAGUAACAAUAGUGAAAUUAAAGAAAAGCCAGCUGGGUCUUUCUGCACCUUUUAUUAAUCUUCCAGCCAAAAGCAAUGAAAUAAUAGACUCUGUCUCAGAAACACCCCUGGACUGUGAGGUUUCUCAGUGGUCUUCCUGGGGUCUCUGCAGAGGCGUUUGCAGAGAAACGGGGACCAAGAUCAGAACUCGCUUCGUACUUCUUCAGCCUGCCAAUAAUGGAAUGCCUUGUCCAACUCUGGAUGAAGAAACACCAUGUGAACCGGAGAACUGCAUCUGAAAUAAAGAAAAGAUAAUAAUUUAGAUAAUUUAAAAGUAGGAUGAGUUUAAAUCUAAACUACAUGUCAAUCAGCGUUCUUUAUAAUGUGGAUAUGCUGUGCUAUUUUGAUGAAAAGGUGUAUAAGAGUGGUUUUGAAAGUUGCUAUUUAACUUCAAGAUUUUAGGGGGUUAAAUUUCUGAGGUUUAGAAUGACAACAGUAUUCGAUCACUUACAGACAGACCAAAAACCCCCGAAUAAAUCCUUCCUACAAAUACACUGUAAGUUCUUGGAGUACCCUCUAGUGGCAGAAAAGAAGACAUUUGGAAACACUGUACUUCACAUGCAUAAAAAUCAAUCACAAAAUCUAAACUAAUAGCCUUCUUAAAUACUGCAAUUUGAUUACCUACAGAUAUUUAUACCUAGAAAUUAAUUUUUUCACCUAAAUUAUGUUUUUAUAAUUUAUUGGCAUUUUUUGUUGUCUUUCUAAACAUGCUUAACAUGCGUUUCUUCAGAAACUACUUACAUAAGUCAGAGUGACCAGAUGUUUGCAGCUUGGUUAAGACAAUAGUCGAAGUGAGUAAACUUGUCUUGAGACUUAGGAACAUAUGAAAAUGUCUUUUUAUUUUUUUUUCUCAAAAGUGAGAAAAAUCACUGCCAUGUGUACACUCAGCCAACAAAAUUACUAGAAAAAUAAAGAAGGGUGGAUACUACUAGAAAACUUCUGAACUGAAUUAAAUGUGUUAGUUGAGAUUCAAAAACUGAUUGUUGGUGUGUGUCACUCAUGAGACAACUAUCUCAAAGUUAAUGCUGUCAACCAUUGCAUAAAUUAUAUCCUUACGUUUAUAUAUGCAGUAAAUAUUGUCCAUGUUCCUUUAAA